AUGGCCCCUUUAUCUGAUUUUGAAAGACAAAGACAAGAAAAUAUUCAGAGAAAUAAGGAUCUUCUCCGUAAAUUGAACUUAGACUCUGCCACAGAUUCUAUUUCUAGAGAACUUCCUAAUCAAAAGCAUGCCAAUGGUGCAAAAAAGAGAAAGACAAAUAAUGCAACAAAGUCGAUUAAAAAGGAACCACAAGAACCAUCUAGGCGUUCACGAAGACUAGCUGGUGUCACAAUGGAAAAUACUGAAGAAUAUCAAAAGAUGAAAGAAGAAAUGGAAGAAGCAGAACGAAAGAAGAAAGAGAUAGAAAAAUUGAAGCUGACAAGACUAUUUGGUAAUUUCCAUUUAAUUGAUCUAGUUACUGAUAAAAGACUGGGAGAUAUGAAAUUUGAAAAGAAGGUUUUAAAAAUGCCUAAGGAUAUAAAAGAAGAGGAAGAAGAUACUAAAGAUAUAAAAGAAGAGGAAGAAGAUACUAAAGAUAUAAAAGAAGAGGAAGAAGAUACUAAAGAUAUAAAAGAAGAAGAAGAAGAUCAUCUUCAUGAUGAGGAUAUAAACAUUGAAGAUGAUAAUAAGGUAUUAGAAAUCUUAAAGGAACUUGGGGAUAAAUUUUCAGCCGGUGAUUUUUACGACUUAAUAAGAAAUUCCUCCGUGGACUAUGAUAAUAAGGGAUUAGAAUCAAAACGAAAUGAAUUCGAUAAAUUGAAAUUGUAUGAACGUUUUGACCCAUUGGAUAUAAAAAUCACUCAUCAGAGGAUUACUGCGAUAAACUUCCAUCCGUCAAAAACUGAUAGAGUAAUCACUGCGGGUGACAAAGUCGGUAAUUUGGGUAUCUGGGCGGUUGAUUCAACUGAAGAUGAAGAUCCAGCUAUAACUAUCUUAAAGCCUCAUGGUAGAUCUGUUGCCAGGAUACUUACACCCCACAGUAAUCCUUCAAAAAUUUAUUCAUGUGCUUAUGAUGGUUCAGUAAGAGAGCUUGAUUUGAAUAAACUUGAGUCGUCUGAAGUUAUUUACUUGAAUGAUCCAUAUGAGUCACAAGACUACCCGUUAGCCGUCUCAGAUAUUAAUUUAUGCCAAGAGGGGAAUCCAAAUAUAUUAUAUCUAACAACUUUGGGAGGACACUUUUAUCAACAUGAUUUGAGAACUCAGUUCAAACCUAUCAAACCAAAUUCAUUGCUAAGAUUGCACGAUAAGAAAAUUGGUUCAUUUUGUAUUAAUCCAAAUUUAUCGCAUCAGAUUGCAACUGCGUCAUUGGAUAGAACGUUCAGAAUAUGGGAUUUACGUAGCACUAGUAAAUCAAAUGGUAGUUGGUCUGAGUAUGAAAGUCAAAUAUCUCCUCACGUUUAUGGUAGCUAUUCAUCGAGACUUUCCGUUUCAUCUGUUGACUGGAACUAUGAAAACAGAUUGGUAUGUAAUGGAUAUGACGACACAAUUAAUAUUUUUGAUUUAAGUGGUGAGAGUCUGGAGUAUCCUCCAGUUACGGAAUGGUCCAAGACGUACCAACCAGGUUCAAAAAACAAAGACGAACAAAUUCCAAACAAUUUAAAGCCUUAUACCAGAAUCAAGCACAACUGUCAAACAGGUAGAUGGGUCUCGAUACUUAAGUCUAGAUGGCAGGCAUCUCCUAGUGAUGGAAUACAAAAGUUUGUGAUUGCAAAUAUGAAUCGUGGGUUAGACAUAUAUGAUCAAAAAGGACAAAUAUUAGCUCACCUAACAGAUGCUGAGAAGGUAGGAGCAGUACCGGCAGUCACAGCCUUGCAUCCAAUAGAGAAUUGGUGUGUGGGAGGAAGUGCUAGCGGUAAGCUAUAUUUAUUUGAAUAG